CAUGUGUGUCUGGGACUGAUGUUUCUAGGUCAUGAAGAACAGAUAUCAACAGACCAACAAAGCUGUUUAUCAACUCAAAACUGCUUGGUCAUCAUCUAGUCAUCUGUGCACAUCAUCAAAGGAAUUUUUCAUUCUUUAAUGCAAUUAUGAGCAAUCGUCUACUGUUUCCCUACAUUAUCAAUUGCCGAUGUCAUGUCACUCAAAAUGGUUCUCUGUUUCAUAGUCUUAAGCAUCUAGGAUUAGUUAAUUUAUAAAUAAAUCAAUGCAAUGCGGUUGAACUAGUUGUCACGGUGCAUCAGUAUUCUCUAUAAGACUUUUUUUUUUGUAAAUGUGUCCUAAAAAUGUACGCAGGAGGUUAAAGAGAUGUCUUCUCUGAAUAUUACCUAAUUGUUUUAACAUAAAGCUCUUUUCACACCACUGGGAUCAAAGAGUUCUACGUUACUUUAGCAACAGCCGUGUCAACAUGAAAGGGUCCGAUGUGACAACCAGAUCACGUCACGUCUCCUAGCAACUCCCAAAUAAACUCAAGCUCGUCGGUGUCGCUGUUGAGGAAUAAUCAGACCAGACGCGAUAUUUAAGGCGUUAUUAAGUUUUAUAUUCGACGGUUAUUUGAUGAAUACGCGUGUUUGUUGUUUGUAAAGCGGAACCCGAGGUCUGGAGUGCAGAGAUCCAGCCGGACGCGUUCACAGCAGAAUAAACUGUGAAUGGUGUGGAGUCAUCUGAAUUAAAACUGCAGGAUUAUGUUCAAAAACACAUUUCAGAGCGGCUUUCUGUCCAUCCUCUACAGCAUCGGCAGCAAACCCCUGCAGAUCUGGGACAAGAAGGUCAGAAACGGACACAUAAAGCGGAUCACAGACAAUGACAUCCAGUCUUUAGUUCUGGAGGUGGAGGGGACGAAUGUGAGCACCACUUACAUCACGUGUCCCGCCGACCCCAAGAAAACCCUCGGCAUCAAGCUGCCCUUCCUCGUCAUGAUCAUCAAGAACCUCAAGAAGUAUUUCACAUUCGAAGUUCAGGUGCUGGACGAUAAGAACGUGCGGCGGAGGUUCAGGGCGAGUAACUAUCAGAGCACGACCCGUGUGAAGCCCUUCAUCUGCACCAUGCCCAUGCGGCUGGACGACGGCUGGAAUCAGAUCCAGUUCAACCUGUCUGAUUUCACACGCCGGGCGUACGGCACCAACUACAUCGAGACGCUGAGAGUGCAGAUUCACGCAAACUGUCGCAUCAGGAGGGUGUAUUUCUCUGAUCGGCUGUACUCCGAGGACGAGCUCCCCGCUGAAUUUAAACUCUAUUUACCAGUACAGAACAAAGCAAAGCAGUGACACAGCAGAUGGGAUUCCUUCAUUUCCUCUCUGUUUUAUCUGCACACGUUCAUAUUGGAUGGUCUUUUUGUUGUUUUUGAAGUGUUGUUUUGGAUCUUUGUGAUUGGUUUCCAUCUGCUGAAUAAAUAUUUUAUAUGCACAAAGUGAA